AUGUCAGUGAAAGGAAUCGAAGGAAAAGUUAUUGUUAUUACCGGCGCCUCUAGUGGCCUUGGUGAGACCAGUGCGCAUGAAUUGACCAAGGCCGGAGCCAAGGUGGUUGUUGGCGCGCGCCGUGUUGACAAACUACGCGCUCUGGUCAAGGAGUUCGGACUGCCCGAGGAAUCUGCCGUCGAGGUUGACGUUAGCAAGCAGGAGCAGGUCGAGAAUCUGAUCCAGACCGCCCUAAAACUCUACGGCAAGAUUGACGUGUUGAUGAACAAUGCAGGUGUUGCCACGUUCAGUCCGAUUGAGGCUGGAGAUGUUGACGCUUGGGACAGAAUGAUUGACACUAAUGUCAAAGGCGUUUUGUAUGGCGUGAACGCCGUGCUCCCGCACUUCAAGGAGCGCAAGUCGGGCCAGAUCAUCAACACCUGCUCUGUUGUCGGUCACUCCGUGAUGCGCAAUGGUGUUGUUUACAGUUCUACCAAGUUUGCGAUCCGUGCCAUCAGUGAGGGACUGCGUCAGGAGCUGAAGCCCCAUAAUAUUCGCGUUCUCAAUAUUUCUCCCGGUCCCACAGAGUCCGAGGGCCUGAGGGUGGCCUUCGGUGAAGCAUCUAUGCCCACUGCGCCGAGCACUGCAUUCAGUGAUGCUGUGAUUUACGCCGUCAGCCAGCCUGAGAACGUCGAUAUCAAUGAAAUCACUUUCAGACCCACUGCCCUCGACUAG